AUAGAUGGAAGCAAAAGGAAAGGGAAACCCAAAAGAGGAGUGCUCGUAGCUGCCGUAGCUUCGCCUAGUGUGUGUAUGCUUCACGAGCACAGCAAGCCACCGAUCUGCAAGCAAAAACUAAUCUUCCCACGGAGGAUUUACCCGAUGCGAAAUUAUAGACUAAUCGAGCCCGCCGUAAUCUCAUUGCUGAUAUCUGGCAUGUUCUCCAAGCCACUCCAUCCAUCCCCACCAUUUCAAGUCGCGAUCUUGCAGCAGUUGAUGGAUUUGCUGCAGUAUACAUAGGCAGAUCCAGACGCGCGCCACGAAGCCUCGAUUCGUUCGGGAAGCGACGGCGGCCGCGGGGUGAUGGAGACGCGGCGGCACCGGCGCGGGCGGAAGCGCCUCCUCCUCCCCCUCUCGCUGCUCUGCCUCGCCGUGCUGCUUCCGAGCGCGCUGCUGGCGCCGUCCGCCUCGGCGUCGUCGUCGCCGGAGGCGGCGGCGGCGGGUGGUAGCAGGAAGCGGCGCUGGGCGGGGUUCGACUACUACGUGCUGGCGCUCCAGUGGCCGGGCACCAUCUGCCGCCAGACCAGCAAUUGCUGCGACACCAAUGGCUGUUGCCGAUCGAAGCCCCUUAAAUGGUUCACGAUUCAUGGUCUCUGGCCACAGUACAACUAUGGGGGAUGGCCAUCAUGCUGCAGACCCGCCAGAUUCAACAUCAAUAAGAUCUUAAUGCUGAUGCCGAUACUAGAGAAGUACUGGCCAUCCCUGUACUGUGGCUCUUCAUCAACCUGCUUUGGUGGAAGGGGGCCAUUUUGGGUGCAUGAGUGGGAAACUCAUGGAACUUGCGCUUAUCCUGAAAUACAGGAUGAAUAUGACUACUUCUCCACAGCACUUUAUCUCUACAGCAAAUACAAUGUUACGAAAGCCCUGAGAAAAGCACAUAUUCGGCCUGCAAGCAGCAGAAGAUACGCUGUUGGACAUAUUGUUGCUGUGAUUGAGUACGCAUUUGGGGCAAUGCCAUCACUUGUUUGUAAGAAUGGCUCAGUUCAAGAACUUAGGCUCUGCUUCCACAAGGAUUAUCAGCCUCGUGAUUGCACGUUCGAGACCGACAAGGCAACGAACAGCAGAAGCUACUGCCCUCGCUACGUCACCUUCCCAUCGUACAAACCAUCCGUGCUGGCCAAUGCUACGGAGGGGAUCAUCGACCAAGCCAGUGGCGAGCUACACGCGUACGGCUGAGUAGAGUUCAGACUCUUCAGGGUUCUGAACUCCGACGAGCACCGAGUCGUGCAGAGCGACGCUACAUUGAUGUGUGUAAAGAAACCGCCAGCCCUGCCUGGUUCUGAAUAAUCUCCAUUCAUGAAUCAUGAAUUCAUGAUCUCGCGUAUGAUAGGCCAUUGAGAUCUGGAACGUGAUGUGAAUAAAUAUCUGAAGAGAGCCCCUGACGUUUUUCCACGAGAAGUCUCUGCCA